AUGCGCGACGCACACGUGCCUUUCUCGCACUUCUCGCCGAAUACGCCUCGAAAAUCACGUUUCGGUGAAUGUUUUGGGUUGCAGCCGCCGCUCCUCGUGGGAGGAAGCAGUCGCCGACCGAUACCGUCCUCGGCGACUCUGAAAGAAGACGAGGAAAAAAGAACAAAAAACGACGCCAAGUCCUCUCUCGCGUCGUUGCCGAUAGACGUCGGCGUGAUCAUCGUUUCGAAAUUACCGGUGAAAUCGAAAGCGCACUUAACCAUGCUCGAGAACAAGGAGCUAGCGAGGUGGGUCAGACAAGGCUUGUUCGAGGAGAGCUCGAAGUGCGCGAAGGAGUUAUCGAAGAAAAGCGGCAAAAAGCAGCUUUUGCAAAAAGCGGUGUAUUUCUCUCCUUUUCGAGAGGAAACUUCCGCGAGGGGUGUUUUCGCCGAAGCGACGGACGAGGACGUGCAACUGUACGUCAAAUCGAUGGCGGAGAGGUGCGAGAUUUCGAAGCACAUGCGAGGGAGCUUAGUCGCCGGGUUGUUGAACUCUUCCGAGUGCGGAAGGAGAGGAAAGGACCGGGUCUCGGAGAUGGCGAAGCUACCGAUGGGUCUGAGACGGUUGAAACAGUUGACGAAGGCGACCGAGAGAAAGUACGCGGAAGUUGCAGGUGUGGAGGAAGAUGAAGAGGAAGAACGCGAAGAUGGACAGGAGGAGGAAGAAGGGAUUGAUUUGUAUGUUGAAGAAGAUGACGACGAAGGGAAUAACGAACUGGACGACGAGGAUGAGAAAGAGUUUUCAGUUAUCGAGGGCGACGCGCUCAGAAGGGAGUGCGAAAACUUACGAGCGGUUGUUGAAAAGUGGUCGCCGGAGGACAUCGGCGAGACCUUAGCGAUCGUGUUGGAGAAGGAGUUGCAGACGUUUCGAACGACUAAAGAGGCUAGAGACAGAACGGGAGAGGAGGAAGUGAGACGAAUGCUUGAACAAGAAUGCGAGAAGAGGCGAAAGAAGGAGGAAGAGACAGACGGUGCCGAAGUUGAUGGAGACGAAGAUCCGGACACGCGUGACGACGACCCGUUUGGGACACCGCACCAGUUUGAUGCAUUUCAUUUCAAUGCCCCAGCAGAUUACGACGAGGAAAUAGCUGCGUUUCAACAAGACGGCGCGUUUCAACAAGACGGCGCGUUCGAAAACGACAUAGACGACAGCGACGACGAAGAUACGACGAACGACGAACGACUAUUCGAUUGGAAAAUCGCACUCGAUUCCAUUUGCGACGCUCGUAUUUAUACGUUUGUGCACUUCUGUCUCGGAACGCCAGACUUUUCGCAUCUCACCGAACGUAUCGAUACGAAAAAACCGCAUGAAACAUCCGUCGCGACUGAGGAGGCUUGGAAACGCAUUAAAAUAGGCGUUUCAAAAAUGAUUCAAGUCGCCUUCAAAGAAGACAUCGAAAGCGAAGAGAAAAGCAACGCGGCUUUCAAACAACAGACGGCAAACGCCACUAUUACUUUGGCACGAGAAGAGAAAAUCGAGCAGAGAACGUUUUGCUGUGUGGACGACGACGAAAAUAUUCACGAGAUGGACAACGAGGACGAUGAAAUUGUACACGGCGAUAUCGUCAACGGCACCGCGAGAAGAACCAACAACAACGACAACAAUAAUAACGACGUUUCAAUGGACACUGAAAUCGACGACGACUACGAUGGUGAAGACGAGAAUGGAUUUUUUCCUCCUACGGUAACAAAUCGCGUUAUCGUGGAAAAGGCCUCCGCGCUCUUAGCUUUACUCACGCAACAUUGCGCGACGUUCCAGUCGGUGAACUUACUCGACAUCCCAGGCAGCGCUCAAAAGAAAUCCGCCACGAGUACGAAAACUACCACCAAUCUGGCAGCUUUUUCGCAUUUGAGUCAUUUCGGCGAUCGUGGGAGAGAAAAUCCGUUCUUUGAAUCGAACAUGUUUGCCACGAAAAUCGGAGGCUCGUGUAUGAUGCAACAUCUCGACUACUCGCGAGGUGACGAUGCGACGAUGUAUUUCGAUCAGAACAUUUCGAUGACCUCCUUGUUUAUGUUCGGGAUAGAAGAGGACAUCGCGUUAUCGUCCAGAAUAAGAAGACAGACGUUACGAUCUACGGACGCAUUUCGGAUGGGGCUGGACGCACUGAACUCGUCGACAAUGAACGAUACGAGAAACGUCUUUGACGUCUAUCGCGACGAGAUCGUGACGCGACUCAUCGAAUACUGGGACGAUAGCUUCGUUUUGUUUUUCAUGGCAAGAAGCGCAGCUGAGGCGACAAACUCAUCGACGAAGAAACGGAAGAGAAUAGAAAGUGCACAGUCGAUGUCGUCGUCUCGUCUCUCUGCUCGCCGGGUAAGUCAAAGACGAACCAACUCGUCGCCCGGCGUUGAAAAAGAAGAGAGAAUAAUCGAUAACGCUUUGCGCGCGUUCAAAACGGAUAUGCAACAACGAUUCGCUUCCUGGCUUACCAAAUCUGAAGAGCAAAAACAUAACAAAACUGCUCGCAUCGAACGAAACAACGCGAGAAAGUUCCAAAAGCUUUCAUCGGCGGUUUCAAAGCUGUUCCAACGCGGCGAGAUUUUUCAGCGCGAUAUCAACCGAGUCACAAACUACAUCGCUUCAGCCGUGAAAUCCAAGGACAUCUGGUCCUUGAAGAAUAAAAUCUUUAACGACGCAAUCGAAACGUGCGCAGAAGAGAUGGUAAUGGUUGGUUGUGGUGACGCGUCGUGCUGCCCGCCAAAAUUACACGAAGUUUUAAGAGAGAAAGUGUUGAAAUUGGCCAAGAUUGGCUACGCAGCGAUGAGUGUCAUUGUCGAACGCGAAGACGAUAAGAUGAACAACAAGGAUCCGUCCGGGGAAAUCGUUGUCCCGCACUCUUGGACGCUUUGA